GGUUGAUCUCAAGGUCUUACUUGAACUAUCCAAGUUUGUUAGUUUGACUUAGUUCUACUGGAUAGCUGCGUGUGAAACUGGAUUCACUUUUGUUCCCACUUCAAAAAUGUUAGCGGGUUUGUUUAGUAAUUUGAUACAUAAGCCUGAAGUUCUGUGUCGAAAAUCAAUUUUUCAUUUUGUGAAUGUUCGAAAAUGUCCAUAUAGCACUGAACAAGAUGAUAUACCGUUUCAUCUCAUGGUUGAAGGUUAUUAUGACAAGGCUUCAGCCCUUGUUGAACAAAAUUUGAUGUCAAAACUUCAAUCAAAAGCGCCAGAUAAUGAAAAAACAAAGAUUGUUAAAGGAACCCUUAACAUAAUUCGGCCACCUACUCACAUUUUCGAGGUUAACUUUCCCCAUAAAGCCGAUGACGGAACGUUCAAGAUCAUUCAGGGCUUUAGAGCUCAACAUAGUGUGCACAGGCGACCCACUAAGGGUGGCAUUCGGUAUAGUAUGGAUGUAUGCAGAGAAGAAGUUAUGGCUCUUGCUGCUCUGAUGACCUACAAAUGUGCUGUCGUAGAUGUUCCGUUUGGUGGUGCCAAGGGGGGAAUUAAGAUAAAUCCUAAAGACCACUCUCCGGCAGAAUUAGAAAGGAUAACCCGUCGGUUUGCACUAGAGUUGGCAAAACAAGGAUUUCUUGGUCCUGGAACUGAUGUUCCUGCUCCGGAUAUGGGGACUGGACCCCGGGAGAUGAGCUGGAUUGCGGAUACGUAUGCAAACACCGUAGGACAUAACGAUAUGCACAGUCAUGCUUGUGUAACAGGAAAGUCUAUCGCUAUGGGUGGUAUUCACGGUCGCAUUUCUGCAACAGGACGCGGGGUCUAUCAUGGGAUAGACAACUUCUUAAAUAACCCAAGAUAUGCAGAUGCUAUCGGUUUAUCCCCGGGGCUGAAGGAUAAAACUUUCAUUGUUCAGGGAUUCGGGAAUGUUGGUUUGCAUACAAUGCGUUAUCUUGUACGAGCUGGUGCAAAAUGUAUUGGUAUUGCUGAAAUCGACGGACAGAUUUACAACGCAGAUGGUAUAGACCCACGAGAACUCGAAGAUUGGCAAAUUGCAAACGGUACGAUUGUUGGCUUUCCACAUGCAAAACCAUAUACAAAAGGUUCUCUUCUUUUCGAAGAAUGUGAUAUCCUUAUUCCUGCGGCAAAUGAAAAACAAAUCCAUAGUGGCAACGCUGAUAAGAUCAGAGCGAAAUUAAUUGGGGAGGGUGCAAAUGGUCCCACCACACCAAAAGCUGAUAAAAUACUGCGGGAGAAGAAUAAGCUGGUUAUUCCAGAUUUGUAUCUGAAUGCUGGUGGUGUUACUGUCUCGUAUUUUGAAUGGCUUAAAAAUUUAAAUCACGUGAGCUAUGGUCGACUAACCUUUAAGUACGAACGAGAUUCCAACUAUCAGUUACUAAAUAGUGUACAACAGUCUCUAGAGAAGAAGUUCGCUGACAAAAUACCGAUUACACCAUCCGAAGAUUUUCAGCUUCGCAUUGCGGGGGCAUCUGAACGCGAUAUUGUUCACUCUGGUCUGGAGUAUACUAUGGAGCGAUCUGCUAAACGCAUCAUGAAUAUUGCGAAUGCCUACAACCUUGGAUUAGAUGUUCGUACAGCUGCAUAUAUCAGUGCGAUUGAAAAAAUAUACAAUGUCUACCUGGAAUCUGGCUUUGUCUUCACUUAAAUGUAUUGUGCAAAUUCAUGUCUUUAUGGUCGAAAUUGCAAUUACGGCAUAGUAAAAAGGAACUACACAUCAUUUGUAUCAAUAAAAGAUAUUCAAUUGGCAGUUCUUUUAUGUAAUCAAAAUAAAAUAUCUUUUAUAGGCACCGAGGUUUUACUUACGCCUGUGUCCUCGUUCACAACACUAUGACUUGAGAUAGGGCAUUGUUAAUGCUUAUGCCAUUCAAUGGAGAUGCAAAUGGACACCUUUCAAUGCAUUAAAUAAAUUCGUUUGUUAGCAGCAAAUGAGUGGCGUGACAAUCUGCUGAAUCAAUAUUUAAAAGAGGUAGAAGCUGGACUAACUUUAUGUACCUUACGUAUGUUAAACAAAUAUUUUGUAAACAAGAGACUUUUGUCCUCUUAUGCACUAUUACGAACAUUGCAACCGCCGUAAGUAAACGGCUUGUUUGAACAAGAAAACUAAUUUUUCAUACAUCUGACUGUUUGCUUGAUGGAAUUGACCGUUUAUAAGUUCAAGUUUGCUAUCUAUUCAUAGUGUCCAUACUAUCUGUGAGUUUAUACAUUCAAACAUAAUUUACUUGUUCAACAAAAAAAUGACACAUACCGUUACACCGUCGUGUAAAUAAAGUUUAUUACUUUUAAUAUGUAGCUAAAGUGAAUAAAUAUAUCUAUUUCC